AUGUUUUUAUUCCUCUUUUUUAAAGAAUAUAGUUUUAUUAAUGUUGAUUAUGUUAAGUAUGGUUUGUUUUUACUACUUGGUUAUUAUAUGAAAAAAGUAAUAAAAUGUAUAAAAAAAGGGAUAAAGACGAAAACAGGGAAUCAAUGUAAUAUAUUAAAGAAAUAUUGUUAUUCAUACUUUUUUUCACACGAUAAAAAUUUAUCAAAAAUGGAGAAAAGUUUAUUUUAUAAAAAUUUAGAUAAAGAAACUAUUGAAAAACAUGGGAGGCACAUAAAUAUAGCUGAUAUCCCAUUUCAUUCAUUUAAUAAAAUAUUUCAAACAAAAGUAUUAAUUAUUGGGAUAGGAGGGUUAGGUUCUCCUGUUUGUUUUUAUUUAAGUAAAUAUGGUUUUAAAGAAAUUGGGUUGGUAGAUGGAGAUAAAGUUGAAAAAUCAAACUUACAUAGGCAAAUAAUACAUAAAGAAAAACACAUUGGUUUGAAUAAAACUGUUUCUGCUAAAUUAACAAUAGAAGAUAUUGAUAAUGAUGUUAAUAUUGUUUGUUAUCCUUUUUAUUUAGAUAAAAUAAAUGGCUUAAAUAUUAUUAAAAAUUAUGAUAUAAUUAUAGAUUGCACUGAUAAUAUAAAUAGUAGAUUUCUAAUUAAUGAUAUAUGCAUUUUGUAUAAAAAAAAAUUAAUAUUUGGAAGCGCUUUAGGUUUAUAUGGGCAAAUAAAUGUUUUCAAUUUAAAUGAAAACACUUCUAAUUGUUAUAGAUGUUUAAAAAAUUUUAAUAAUCACAAAGAAAAUAAUAAUUGUGAUGAAAAUGGUAUUUUAUCUACUGUCACUGGAGUUAUUGGUUUAUUACAGGCUAAUGAAGCUGUUAAACUAGCUGCAAAUUUAAAUAAUGAAAUAUUAAAAAAUUAUCUUACUUAUAACAGUUUUUCAAAUAGAAAUCCAUUUGAAACAUUAAAUAUUAACCACAAAAAUAAAAACUGUAUUUGUUCUAAUAAACAAUUUAAAGAAUUAUAUAAUUUUAUUAUAAAUAAUGAUUAUAGCAGUAAUAAUAAGAAAUGUGAAUAUAUAACUUCUUAUAAGUAUGAUAUAGAAGCUUUUGAUUUUGUAGAUAUUUUAAAUAACAAUUUAAAAUUUUUUAAAUUUCAUAUUGACCAUUUAUGCAUUUUAGAUGUAAGACGAUACAACAACACAAAUGUAUACGGAAUAAAAAACUCUAUAAAAUGGAAUUUUUAUGAAAUUAUAGAAUUAAUUAAUGAUUACAAUACUAAUAAAAAUAAAUUAAUUGAUGUUAUUUUUGAAAAACUCAAAAUAUCAAACUUAAAAGGAAAUAUAGUCAUUAUCAUUAUUUGCAGAAAAGGAAUUGACUCCUUAAAAAUAACGAAACAUUUUAAUAAUAUUUUUGCAACAGAAGAUAAAACAACCAACAAUAAAUUCGAGCAUAAUUUAAUGAGCUCUAAUAAUAGUUUUGAUAAUUUGAAAGAUAAGAAAAUUUAUACAUACAAUAUUAAAGGAGGGUAUUCAGAACUACGAAAAAAAAUAUUUAAAAAUUUGCCUUUUUUUUAA